UCACAUGACUAUGUUUUGAAUUGAUAAUUGUUUUAGCUGUUACGUCUGUUUGUCUGUGACACCGUGUUGAUUCGAUGUGUCCGGAUGCUUCAAAUCUGGGACAACGGCCUUCAAUCACCCAAAUUUUUUGAUCGACUACUUUUAUGCAUACAACACAUCUUUAUUAUGGAUUCUGGGCACAAAAAAUCGGAAUUUGGACCAAAAUCACAGUGAAAAAGGCCAGUCUCCGGCUUUCGAAGCAUCCGACAAUUCGAUGCAGAACGGUUUAAAGUAUAGGUAUUUGUAAAUUCAGAGAAAAUGUUAAAAAAAUAAAACUGAAAAUUAAACUUGAAAUUAAAUCAAAGUUUAAAAUAAUUAGCCUUGUUAUGUUUCAACUUGAUUCUAGUUCAAUCAACGGGAAAGAUAUGAGAACAAGCUUUGAACUGUUCAGCUUCAGUGGACAUGUUCGUCAUUUUCCAUCACUGGUUACCGGGAUUCUAAUAGGACAAGUAUGCUGUACACGGCAGUGUAUUUAUGUAUCACUAGAAGAAAGCAAUGCGCCUGGUUCUCCUAUUCAUAUGCUGAAGUUCAUCACGCAUCGUGCUGGUAAAAAACAGUGUCACGUGUCCUCCUCAUUGUAAUGUGUGAUGCUUGAAUAACAAAACAAGGAUGACACGCAUACAUGCCAAAAGAAAGAGAACAAUUUAAAGACCGAAGCAAAGCACUGCUAAUAAGAGACAAAAAGGAUAUUAUGUAAAAGUGCUUCGAUUAAAACAGGUAACAAACAGCUUAGCAGGGAAUUCACCACAUCACCGGAGAAACAUUAUUGUUGUAUGUUCAGUAUGAACUUAGCCAUCAGAUCAGGCAUCUAAAAAAUUUUUCACAUGCGUUGUUCACCUGCAGGUCAAACAAUAAGGAGGUGAUAAGGCUUAUUCUGUGAAGUUGAUAUUUAUUAGUGUAAUUUUAAACCUUUGUUAGUACGAUUACCAUUAAAUCCCAUAUUAUAAUCGAAAUGAAGUGUAGUUCAAUCAUAUUGUUGAUAGCAAUCCAGGCCGGUAUAAGUAAUCAGUUUAAGUGUGGCGUUCCACAGCAAAGCACAAUCCACUUGAUAGUGAACGGAUUCAACGCACUGAAAGGACGAUGGCCGUGGCACGUCGCAAUCUACCACAAGAACCAUCCCCUGACAGCUUACGUGUGUGGUGGAACUCUGAUCUCGUCGACGCACAUCCUAACGGCUGCGCAUUGUGUCAUCAAUCCACGCACCGGCUAUCAAAUACCAAGUAAAAGCAUUUUGAUGGAAGCCGGUGCGUACGAUUUGAACCAAGACUUCCAAGGUCGGCAGCGACACUCGGUCAAAGCUGUUUAUAAGAUGGCAAACUACACCAGGACAAGUCCCAAAUAUGAUGUGGCCAUCCUAGAGCUAGAUUCGGAAGUUGAGUUCAACCAGUAUGUCCAACCGGCUUGUGUGUACUCGAGAAAGGAUUUGACUGGAAAGGUGGGAACCGUCGUUGGAUGGGGCAUAACUGAGACAAACGAAGUUUCCAGUGUCCUGAAGGAAGCGGAACUUCCGGUAGUUGAUACGCUUACUUGUCUAACAAGCAAUCGGUAUGUUUUUGGACCAACUUUGGAAAAGGGCAUGUUUUGUGCGGGUUACGUAGAUGGAACCAGCGUUUGCAACGGCGACAGUGGAGGUGGAAUAUUCUUCAACAUAAACGGAGCCUGGCACGUUGGAGGUAUUGUGUCGUACAAACAAGUUAGAGAAGGGAAUACUGCAUUGUGCCGAACUGAUGGAUACGCUGUUUUUACGAAACUUUACGAUUACUUGCAAUGGAUAAGCACAGUAACUGGAGUCAAUCUGAUAGGUGUAAAAGGAAGAAAAAUGCCGGACGGCGAUAAGUGCGAACCAAAGAGCGCCAACGCACCCAAAAUAGGCACGAAUGCAUUUCCUCGAAAUUGUGGCAUCUAUUCUCCAAGUAGAAUAAUUUUCGGCCGGACUGCAAAAGUGUUUGAAUUUCCGUGGAUGGCAAUACUUCUAUACAAGAACAAAAACCUUCAUUGCGUGGGUACUCUCAUCAAUAAGCGCUACGUGUUAACAUCGGCGCUUUGUGUUCAGCCAAGUUUUCCGUAAGUUGAUUUUUUUUUUUUCAAAGACUUAGGGCUGGUAGCGAAUGGGUGUCUUGAAAAUAGGAACUUUAGUGACCACUUGUCUGAAAAAAGAGAUCAAACCGAGAGCAAACAGAAACCAAUAAGGGACCAAACAGGAAUUAUUAAAGCAAGCAUAAACCAGGAGAAAGAAAUUUGAUUCCUCAUAGAAUCUGCCAAGACAUUUUUUUCAGAAUAUUUUUCAAGUUCGCUGGAGUAAUGUCUAGGUGGAGGAAUCUUUAUAAGAGUCCCUGGAGGGAUCACAUUCCUUCCCAACUUUUGCAUCAGAAUUCACUUCAAGCAGAAUAAGAAAGAAGUGACUUCAGAGACCAUGUUAAAAUAAAGACUUAAGAAACUUUUUAUAAAAAAAUACCUAGACAAAAACAGUGAACAAGUCCUUAAAGAGACCUGCUGCCAAACUUGUAAAAUGAGUAUGGGUCUAUAUACCUAAUACUAAAUUGUAUGAUCUUUUAGCGAAAAAGUGCGAUUGGGGGAACACACCCGACAACAAAAUGUGGACUGUAACGAAGAUGAUGAUUGUGCUCCUCCUGUGCGAGAUUACCAAGUUGAAUGCGUUGUACGACAUCAGAACUACAACCAUAAAACUGAACUGUACAACAUUGCGCUCAUUAGACUGAAGAGAAAUGUACUAUUUGAGGAUCACAUCCAACCGAUUUGCCUUCCCCUAACUAAAAAUCUAAGAUCGGCCGAGGUGGGAAGCUACAUCAUUACCGGGUGGGGG